AUGGCGCUACUACAAUGGAAAAUUGUGCAAUUUUUGGAAGAAGUAAUACAUUACUAUCACGUUGCUGUCUUGGCUGCCGUCUUUCUCGUCCUCGCUCUCAUCAGCGCCUACGGCAUUUACUAUGUUAUCUCAAGCUGUUUUGCUUCGCUGCUCGAUUAUCUGAGGGCUAGAUCGUCAGCUACAGUGGAAGUGCCACCGGUUACUCAGCCUGUUCAGGUCGGUGAGAUCACGGAGGAGGAGCUUAAGCAGUACGAUGGCUCCGAUCCUCAAAAGCCUCUUCUUAUGGCCAUCAAACAUCAGAUCUAUGAUGUAACUCAAAACAGGAUGUACUAUGGACCAGGAGGACCAUAUGCUUUGUUUGCAGGGAAAGACGCAAGCCAAGCUCUUGCAAAGAUGUCUUUUGAAGAGAAAGAUUUGACUUGGGAUAUCUCAGGUCUUAGUCCUUUUGAGCUAGAUGCUCUUCAGGACUGGGAGGACAAGUUUAUGAGCAAUUAUGCCAAAGUUGGAACUGUCGAAGUAACUGGUUCAAAAGCACAAAUCACAUCUGUGUCUGAACACGCAGAGACCAGUGACAAACAUGCCCAUUUAACCAAGCAAGAGACGAUUGUCGUGGAUAAGAAUGAUCAGACUUCCGUUUCGGGAGUUUACUCUGAUAUAGAGGCCGGUUUAAUUGUUGGAAGAAUGGUUCAGAUGGGAAUGCACAACGACAUAACUCAGUUCCUGCAGCAAGGUGAAAGCUACAUCGAGUCCAGAAACAGUCCCCGAGAACAGCUUUCAAAGAGGAUUUUGUCCGUUGGUACUGGUUCAAGUGACUCUAUUGAGAAGCUAAAGAUGAAAUGA